AUGUUCAAUCGCAUUGUCUCCAGGACAACUCGAAAUGCAUUCCCCCACCUGCCAGUUCUGACAGCUGCAGCGAGGUCACCGAAGAGCGUCAACUUAAUCCGCCCACUAACAUGCACCGCAGCCCGCGACAUCCAAAAAGAUGACCCUUCAAAGGACCCAAUUCUCUCGGCCACCACCAAGGCCCCGGGCGGUGCCUCCGGCGAACACGAAGGCCAAUUCGCCCGAACCGACGAGAGUGUACAGAUCGAAUACCCUCCAGACAGUGAAAUGCCAGCUCAGCCAGUCGUCCAGGGCCGUGGCGGGAUGCACUUCAAGCGUACUCUGGCGUCGUUCUCGCUGGAGAACAGAGUCUCCCUGGUGACUGGCGGUGCCCGUGGACUAGGACUGGUCAUGGCGCAAGGACUGGUUGCUUCGGGAUCAAAUCUGGCUAUUGUCGACUUGAAUAAGGCUGAGGCAGAAGAACAAGCGCAGAAGCUUAUCGAACAAUUCCAAAAAGAGAACCCCGGCCUUGAGCAGUACGCCGCCAAUCUAAUCAAUUCAUCCCCUCUCGACGAAAUCAGACCACCAAACAUCACAGCCCAUUACGCCGACGUAUCCAACCCCGACUCGGUAAAUGCCGCCCUAUCCGAAGUCCUCGCGAAACACAACCGGAUUGACAACCUCGUUACAUCCGCCGGUUUCACAGAGAACUUCGAAGCUAUCAAUUACCCAUUCGAUCGCAUGCAGAAGCUCUGGGGCGUCAAUGUCGAUGGAACCUACCUUUUCGCUACAGGCGUAGCCAAGCAUCUGAUGGAGCGCAAUGCACCCGGAAGCAUCGUCAUGAUCGGCUCGAUGUCCGGAUCAAUUGUCAAUGUACCUCAGCCGCAGGCGCCGUAUAAUGCGGCCAAGGCGGCCGUGAGACAUCUUGCUGCUUCGUUGGCGGUUGAGUGGGCCGGGCAUGAUAUUCGUGUGAAUUGUAUUUCGCCUGGCUAUAUGUUGACUGCUUUAACACGCAAGAUCCUCGACGAAAAUCCCCAGCUUCGCGAUAAAUGGACUUCCUUGAUCCCCGUCGGAAAAAUGGGGACCCCUGAAGACUUGAUGGGUGCUGUCACUUUCCUUCUUAGCGAUGCUUCGAAGUAUAUCACCGGUGCCGAUCUCCGCGUGGACGGUGGAUACACAUUGACUUGA